CCGGACUCGUGACCGAACUCGCCGACCGAACCGGAAACACGCGUUCUCUACUUUCCACGUGUUGUUGUUGCCGUCGUCGCCAAAGAAACGCCGUUUUUGGCGCGCCAAAUAGUUUAGGCGACACCGCGAAGUGCGCCGCAAACCGGAGUGUGAAGAAAAUUUGUGCCAAUUUAUGCCAGUUACCAGGGGAAAGGAAGUACGCGCCAGAUAGUGAUAGAGCCGGAUAUCAAGGAGCCAUUUCGGGCGUAAUCUGUGCUGUGAUAGCCUCUGAACCGUAAUCCCAAUUUGCGUCGAAGCGUGAUACUAUUUGUGUGUGUGUGUUGGAAAACGGAGUGCCAACGUUGUCCAAAGUUAAGGAGUUUUCCCCACGGAAGCUGCUGCUGGAGUAGCUCAAUUAUUGGAAUCAAAAUCGGAUUGUUUGGGGACGCCACGAUGCUGCGCUUCGGGGGAUUGAAGUACAAGAAACUGAACAACGCCACCGUGGCCGAAGGCGAUCAUGAGACCAGCAUCCGGAGCAGAGCCAAAGGACCGGCACACGGCACGGGAACACAGCAACAACGGCUGCACAAUCAGCUGAAUGGAUCGUCCAUGAAAAAUGUCAAUUCACCCGCCAGCAGUGCCAUGUCGACGGAGGGCGGUAAAGGACUACAGCCAGCGACCACCCACUUCCGGCUGCUGGGUGGCAAGUUCUCCAUCGACAGCAAACGCAAGAGCAACUGCAAAGCACGGAUCUACAAAUGCAUCAAGCGCAUCCUGAAACGCAACACCUUCGGCAGUGCAACGCAGCCGGCCACCGCACCGAAGGACCACAGAGGCACGGCCGUGCUACUGCAACAGUCUGCCGUCGCCACCACCACCACCACCAACAGCCGUCCACUAGUGCCAAUGAGCUUUCGCACCUCGAGCCCCGACUACCGGGAGAUUAAAACGCUGCUGGAGAAACAGAACCGGAAGCUCGAGUACGACGUCAAUCUGGCGAAGUGUGUCGAAAAGCCUGCCUUUAUCAAGAAAAUCGCCCUCAAUCUGCUGCAAACGGCAGUGGCCGAAGAGGCGGAGGACAGUGCCCUCGUUCUGCAGCGAGAGCACGAGUCCUCGAGUACGGGCGCCAUCCAGACCGAUUUGGACCGGGAGCGCGAGUACCAGCGGCUGCUCGGGGAGUGUUGGUACCACGAGAACCUGCCGCGCAACCUCUCGCUGGAGCUGCUCACGGACAAGCUGCCGGGCAACUUCCUGGUGCGCAAGAGCACCACCCAGCCAGACUGUUACGCACUGUCGCUGCGUGUUCCGCCCGGUUCCGGUACACGCAUCGCCCACUAUCUGAUCGUUCGCACCGCCUCCGACGGGUACAAAAUUAAGGGCUUCCAGAAGGAGUUCACCUCGCUCCGGGCGCUGAUCGUGCACCACUCGGUGAUGCCGGAAGCGCUGCCUGUUCCGCUGUCGGUGCCACGACCCGUCAACCUGGUCGUGAAGACCAAGUUCGAGGAUGACUACGAGACCGUGUUCGACCUGACCCACGCCACGAAACACUAG